ACGCCGGCUGGCGCUGAGUCUCGCGCUCGGUGCGGGGCGGUGGGGAGAGAGGCCUGGUGAGCACCGCUGGGGAGCGGGCAAGCACUUGCAGGCUGUGCGCGGGAGGGGUACGGCGGGCCGGCGAGCGAGCAAGCGCCUCACGCUAGCAGUGGCACCGGGAUCGGUUGCCUCGAGCCGAAAUCAUGACCACCCCAGGAAAAGAAAACUUUCGCCUGAAAAGUUAUAAGAACAAAUCUCUAAAUCCUGAUGAGAUGCGCAGGAGGAGGGAGGAAGAAGGACUGCAGCUACGAAAACAGAAAAGAGAGGAGCAAUUAUUCAAGCGAAGAAAUGUUGCUACAGCAGAAGAAGAAGCAGAGGAAGAAGUUAUGUCAGAUGGUGGCUUUCAUGAGGCCCAGAUUAAUAACAUGGAGAUGGCACCAGGUGGUGUUAUUACUUCUGAUAUGAUUGAGAUGAUAUUUUCUAAUAGCCCGGAGCAACAGCUUUCUGCAACACAGAAAUUCAGAAAACUGCUUUCAAAAGAACCUAACCCUCCUAUUGAUGAAGUUAUCAGCACCCCAGGAGUAGUGGCCAGGUUUGUGGAAUUCCUCAAGAGAAAAGAAAACUGUACACUGCAGUUUGAAUCAGCAUGGGUACUGACAAAUAUUGCUUCAGGAAAUUCUCUUCAGACGCGGAUUGUGAUUCAGGCAGGAGCAGUGCCCAUCUUCAUAGAGUUGCUCAGCUCAGAGUUUGAAGAUGUACAGGAACAGGCAGUCUGGGCUCUGGGCAACAUCGCUGGAGAUAGUACUAUGUGCCGGGACUAUGUCUUAGACUGCAAUAUCCUUCCUCCUCUUUUGCAGUUAUUUUCAAAGCAAAACCGCCUGACCAUGACCCGGAAUGCAGUAUGGGCUUUGUCUAAUCUCUGUAGAGGGAAAAGUCCACCUCCAGAAUUUGCAAAGGUUUCCCCUUGUCUGAAUGUGCUUUCCUGGUUGCUUUUUGUCAAUGACACUGAUGUAUUGGCUGAUGCGUGCUGGGCCCUCUCAUAUCUAUCAGAUGGACCCAAUGAUAAAAUUCAAGCAGUCAUUGAUGCAGGAGUGUGUAGGAGACUCGUGGAGCUGCUGAUGCAUAAUGAUUAUAAAGUAGUUUCUCCGGCUUUGCGGGCUGUGGGAAACAUUGUCACAGGAGAUGAUAUUCAGACACAGGUAAUUUUGAAUUGUUCAGCUCUUCAGAGUUUAUUGCAUUUGCUGAGUAGCCCAAAAGAAUCGAUCAAAAAGGAAGCAUGUUGGACAAUAUCCAAUAUCACAGCUGGAAAUAGGGCACAGAUUCAGACUGUGAUAGAUGCUAACAUUUUCCCAGCUCUCAUUAGUAUAUUACAAACUGCUGAGUUUCGAACUAGAAAAGAAGCUGCUUGGGCCAUCACAAAUGCAACUUCUGGAGGAUCAGCUGAGCAGAUCAAGUACCUAGUAGAACUGGGUUGUAUCAAGCCACUCUGUGAUCUUCUCACUGUCAUGGACUCUAAGAUUGUACAGGUUGCCUUAAAUGGCUUGGAAAAUAUCCUGAGGCUUGGAGAACAAGAAGCCAAAAGAAAUGGCACUGGCAUUAACCCUUACUGUGCUUUGAUUGAAGAAGCUUAUGGUCUGGAUAAAAUUGAGUUCCUACAGAGUCAUGAAAACCAAGAGAUCUACCAGAAGGCCUUUGAUCUUAUUGAGCAUUAUUUUGGGACCGAAGAUGAAGAUAGCAGCAUUGCUCCCCAGGUUGACCUUAGCCAGCAGCAGUACAUCUUCCAGCAGUGUGAGGCUCCUAUGGAAGGUUUCCAGCUUUGAAGCAAUACUCUGCUUUCAUGUUCCUGUGUCAGACCAGGCUACCCAGUCGAGUUCUCUUGUGGAGCCCACAGUCCUCAUGGAGCUAACUUCUCAAAUGUUUUCCAUAAUACUGUUUGCGCUCAUUUGCUUGCCUUGCGCACCUGCUCUCUUAUACACAUCUGGAAAACCUCUGGCUCUUUGUGGUGAAAUACCAUUGUAAUAAAAGGGUAACCAGAAUGGCCCACUCUUAUGGAAAAAUCCCUAGGCUUUGGAGAUCCGCACUUAUGUUAGAGUCAUGGGAAUGUACACAUACUAAUGUGGCUCCCUUUUCUGUGGGGGAAGAAAGAGGACUCCUCCUCACUCCCUUUAAAGUGGGAAAAAAAUACUGACAUUAAAAGAUAAAACUAAACCUUCAUCUUGAAUUUCACAUAACUACUUGCGACAAGGGAGAUGUGUAGACCUGUUGUGUAUGCUUCAGAGUACUUUCAUGAGUUCUUCCACAGUGAAUCCUUGGAUUACCUGGUGGCUUUUUUAGCCAAAUUUACAUUAAUUCUUACUGAGAUUGGAUGGUUUUUUUCUUAUUGACACCAUUCUUCACAUAUUAAGGUUAAACCAUCCACUCCCUCACCUUCAGCCUUCAGUGAAUGUGCUUUCUAGUUGUCUGGAAUGCUGAAGAAUUAACACUUUGACUCUUAAUGUAAUACUGGUUUGCAAUCCCUUAAAGCAGAAAGGAGAGGAGCACAUAUUAAUGUGUCUGGCUUUUGCUUCUCUUUGGUUUUACAUGUCUUAGGGUUUGGAAGUGGUUCAGUUCCAAUGGUGGUAUAAAGACUUAGAGUCUUAAAGUCUGAACACAUAUCUUGUAAUUCAGUUUCUAAAAGUAAGAAAACAGUAUACUCUUCAGUUUUCCAAACUCAACCAGUGUGACUAGAGGCUGUUUCUGUAAUACAAAAAUGUUUCAGGCUUUGUGGUCCUGAUUGAGGUCCUCAGUAAAUUGGAGUUUACCUAGGUGCUUUCCAACCCCCACCCCGACUGGCAAUUAGCACUUGUAGAGUUACUUACUGGUUUUCUCCCACUUAGGUGCAACUUUAUUCUAAUACAGUUGUGCUACAUAUUUGAUCCCUAUGAUGUAACAUCCUUAUCUUUAAAAAAAAAAAAAAUCUUAAAAUGACUUGCCCACCCCAAAUAAGAGCAGUAAUCUUUUUCUAAUAACCUCAUUGUUUCCCCAUCAUUUUAUUUUAUGUGCUAGUACCCUACCCCACCUCUGGUAAAAUCAGUGUCCACCUUCUGGCUCAUUUAAUGAUGACUGCAAUCUGUACCUGCAAAUGGCGCUUCCAGUACUCUGUUCACUGAUCCACAUUUGUACUUGGACUGGAAUGAAAAAAUAAGUUUAAUUGCCAAGAGAACUGCAAAUGAGUUCAAAUACGACUUCUCGGUGCUAGUUGGCCAUCAUGAUUCAAUGUUGGGAUGCUGUCAGAGAAGAUUUUUUGGUGAUGUUCUGUUCCAAAUGAAUUCUGAAGGAAAAGUUGCUCACUUCUGUUUCAGAGAAUACCCUUUAAGCCUCCUUAGAACUUAUACUCUUCUAGAAUUCAUUAUAAUUCCAAAGUGUAAAAACUAUCUGGAGUUGCCCCUGACAAGCUAUUAUUCAUCUCUGGUAAAUCCUGCUGAAUGUAAAGGAUAUUCAGAGCUUUCAUACCUCAUCAUGAUAUUUAAGCAGCCAACUUAUGUGACCUGAUUUAAACUUCUAAAAAAACAAUCCACUUCAUUGAAAGUCGAUUCAAAGACAAAGGACAUUUAUCAGCCAAGAGUGUGAUGCAUUCUUCGCCUCUAGUCUGUAGUUGUGUCUGUGCUCUGGGAUGGAUACUAUCUGAUGUUUAUUGUUAUUGAUGGAGCAGCCACUGCAAAACUUGUCAACUCCAAUCCAUACUGUUACUUUUCCUAGUGCUGCUUUGUGCUGAGAGAACAUUUUAGUUUACUGCACUUGACCUGUAAAAGACUUUGAUUCUUUGUAACUUUAGGGAUAAAUUAGGUGGUUAAUUUAAAGAACUUUCAAUGUUGCCUUUACAUCACAUUAAAGUAUAAUUUCUUUCAGAAGGGUAAUAGAGCACUGAUUCAUAGUAAAAAUCUUGUUUUUAGCUUUGACUUUUUUGUGGCUGAUUUUUUUAAAAAUUGUAAAUUACUAGUAAUGUCAUUUCAAUAGAAUGUCUUAAAUUAUGUACCUUCUAUUUUUAAUUUUAUAAAUUAACUUGAAUGGAUAAAACUAUAAAGCACACAACAUCUCUCCACAUUAGUACGAAUAGCAUACAGUGGGAAUUUUUGCUGGCAAGUGCAGGUAUCUCGAAGAAUGAAUUAGAAGUCCACUUAACUGAUGUGAUCUGUUUUGUCUAAAACAGAAGAAUUUAUCUUGCUCCUGGUUCUAGAAGUUCAUGAACUUAAGAUCUGAAGUAAACUUUCUGUGUUCAUAAUAAAAUAAUUUUUUAAGUAUAAAAAUUAGAAUUGAUUAAAGUUAGAUCCUACCAUAACUCAUGUGCUGGAACUUAGUACUGGUAAAGAAGUCUUUUGUAGAAAUGGCACUGUAAGAGGGAACUAGAAAUUUCUGGUUUUUAGUUCUCUAAUAAUUUCUCAGUUUAUUGAACAUUUCCAUCACAAGGUGUUUCUUGCACAAAAACAUGUUAAUUUCAGCGGAGGAAAACUUGUGAUUUCAUUUAUUCAUUGGAGGGAACAUAGCUUUGUUUUUCCUUCCAUUCCCCUCUCCCCUUUAAGAAUUUCUAAGUGUAUAUGUGUAAUGAGAACUUUGGUGGGGAAAGGGCAUUCA